AUGUCGAGACAAAAACCAAUUACUGCUUUCUUCUGUGAAAAAUAUGGCGAUCAUGUACAACAUAAUCAGUGCACAUCUUCAGAAAGUGUAAAUUUAGCGGCUUCAGCUGAGCUAGUAGAUUUGGAUGAAGAUUAUUCCAUUCAGACCGAAGAUCCUGAUGCUGAGCCAACGUUAGCAAAGAGACGAAAGCUUAUUAAAGACCAUCAAGGUAAUAGCAUUGUUAAACUUAAAUGUAAAAUUUUUUAUUUGACCUAGCUGCUCACUUACUUUGGGUAAUUCGCAUGACUUUGAUAAAUUUAACAUUGUAGCCCUCGAGCGGCUUAUUUUUAUUUUUGUUUCGAGUCAAUUCACUCUGAUUCCUCAGAAAAACAUCACACUGAAGGAAUUUCUGAGUUUAUCUAGCUGAACUACCAAGUAUCUUCGUCAGUGACAGUGAUCUUUUAAAUCAAUUCCCCCAAAAAAAAAAAAAAAAAAAUGUGAAAAUAAGGAUAGAAAGUAGCUAUUUCGUUACAAAAUAGAUUAUUUUAAAGAAAUUUUAGACGCUGUAAAAGUUGUAGAUUAAACCGUCUCUGAUCAUUUCAUUUCAUUUUUCAGAAUCGUUAUCUGUUGAUGUAGCCAAGUACGUUAACGAUCGUGAGAAGCUAACAAAUGAAGAAAAGUGCGCCGUUUUGCACUUAGAAAAACAUAGGUAUGUUUCCGUCAAUUUUCAGUAUCCAAAGACUAGUGGACGACGCUUCAAUUCACAAUGGGAAGAGAAAUUUAAUUGGCUGCGCUACUCCCCCUCCGUUGAUGGCUGUUUCUGUGCCUGCUGCUUGGUAUUUGCUCCAGAAUCCACAAUCCGAAACAUGGAACUAAUUUCGACCCCCUUCAGAGACUGGAAAAAUGCGGUGGGUAGUCAAAGAGGGACAUUAAAUAAACAUGCAAAUUCUGAUAUUCACAAAGACGCCCUUACACACGCGGGGCAAUUUUUAGCUAUCUGUAAUAAUGAAAGGCUUUCGAUCGCGUCACAGGUUAGCACUGCUUAUAAUGCGAGUAUACAAAGAAAUCGCACUAUUUUGCUGUCAAUUCUCGAUGUUAUUACCACCUUGGCAGUGCGGGGAAUCCCGCUCAGGGGCAACUGGAACUCGCUGCAGCACCGAGAAGAUGGUAUUUUUGACUACUUUAUUGAGUGGAAGAGUCGAUUUGAUUCUAUUCUUAGGAAUCAUCUGGAUAGCUCCCCAAGAAAUGCGCGCUACCUGUCUCCACAAAUUCAGAAUGAACUUAUCUCUUGCCUGGGGGAUGAAAUUCGCGAGAGUGUAGUUAAACAAAUAGAAAAGUCAAAGUUCUAUAGCGUAAUGGCCGAUGAGACAACAGACGAGUCAACAAAAACACAACUUUCUAUCUGUGUAAGGUAUCUUACAGACAACUUAGAGGUUGAAGAAGAUUUUCUUGGUUUUGUUGACCUGCAUAAAACAGACGCCGAAACCAUUUCCGAAGUUCUUAUAGACAAUGUACAACAAUGGGGUUUGGAUUCUAGUAAGUGGCGAGAUCAAGGGUAUGAUGGCGCCUCUACAAUGAGUGGACAUGUGUCCGGGGUUCAAGCAAGGAUUACCUCAAAACUGCCCAAGGCAAAGUUUUUUUCGCACUGCAGAAGCCAUUGCCUUAAUUUAGCCAUUGUUGCUAGCUGCAGUAAAGUUCCCGAAAUCCGAAACUUUAUGGAUACUUUCAAAUCCAUUACCUUUUUCUUUUCUGCCAGUCCUAAGCGUAAGGGAAUCCUAUCCGAGAAACUCUCAGAAAGUGCCGGUAAUGACUUGCUUGCCGAUUCAGGUCUCUCAGCCGGAACGGACGACGACCAAUGUGAAGACGUCAUCGCAUUGCGAGCGAACAAAAACCGAUAUCACCUUCCGACAUUAAGUGAUACCAGGUGGCUUUCGCGAGUAGAUUUGAUCAGCACUCUGUUGAGUAAUUACGAAGCUGUCCAUGAAGCCCUUGAUGAAGUGAGAGUUCAGUCAACUGGUCAGAGUUCCCAUGAUGCCGCUUCGUAUCUUUACAGCAUGAGCGCAUUCUGCUUUAUCGUAGCUGCUGUUAUUUGUCAGUACAUUUUAGCUUUUACUAGUCCUCUGACAGUGGUCCUCCAGAGUAAAGAAUGCGAUUUAGUCUUAGCUCAUGAAGAUGCUCGGAAUCUGGUGGCUGCUAUUCAGUCUCAGCGAUAA